CGUCACUUCAUCAGCAAUAAUUUGCAUCAUAAUCAGGACUUUUACAAUAAUUACGACUUGUUCGUAUUCAAAAAUAUUUAUAAUACUUUCGUGUUUUAAUUAUUCAUAAAUUAAAUUAAAAUCAUUCUAUUUUUAUUUACCUACCAGCCAUAACAAUCUCAGCAAUACAAAAACAGAAUGUCGUUCAGGAAUUUGGUGGAAGAUCAAUGCGGAACAGCUAAUUCGUUGGUUCAGUUAUCAAAUCAUUUUGUACAAGAUAGAGCAUUACAAGACCAAGGAAUAUUACACCCAUUUCAACAUGAAAACUUUCCAAAUGAAAAUGAGCAAACGCCUCAGCUUGUGGAAGGUUCGCAACCUUUUCGUAUGGAUUCAUUAUUAUCAGAAAUGAGAGAUUUAGAAAUGGCAGCGUUAACAAAAAGUGUUCCAUCGCCGGAACCGUACACAUCACUGAAUCCUGUCCAGCUGAGCGAGAAUGUUUCAGAUUGGGCCAAUCAAUAUAUCGAAUCUGGAAACAAAUUUGCCGAUGUCGAUGAUAAACCAUUUCAGUCGAGUAUAUGGAGUAAUGAUACACGAUCUGCGUCACUUGAACCGAUCGUAAAACCAGUCGAAACAAAUAAUUUCGACUUCAAUGCAAACUGGGCCCAAGAAUAUUUUAAAGAAUCACCCCCGUUUGCCGGUAUCCCGGAUGUUAUUACAAAUGUCCCGGCUUACCUACCUGCUGAAAUGUCUGAGCUUCAGUAUGUCGCUGGUCAAGUUGCUGAUUCGAUGAGUGACCAACGAUUUACUCAUUCUAAAUUUUUAAAGUUCAUGAAUCAAGUUAGCGAAGGGCAAGUGCAAAUCGAUAGAAACGAAGUGAUCGGUAGAAUCGCCGAUAACGAUGAAAGCGCAUUUAGCGAAUGGGCUAAUGUAUCCGGCGCUGAAAAAGCUACGAGUAACGUACCGAUGACCAACGAAAACGAACAAAAGUUCUCCGAAUGGGCCAAACCAUCUAAUCUGGCGCAUGAAAGUACAGCUCAGAAUACUAAAAAUGAGCCAGUUCAACGAGAAAAUGUUGAGAACGAGGAUUUAUAUUCGAAAGAAUUAUGGUCAAAAUUAACCGAACGAUGGGAACAAUUGAAUCUGGGUAAUCAAGAUCCCUGGGAUUCGGAAUUCAAUAAAUUCGUUGCCUCGUUGGAUACUUAUAACUUUGCCGAAGAGAAUCCCAUGGCAGAUAAAGUGAACGCGUUGGAAGAAGGUAAAAAGAAAGCAGCCGAGGGAGAUUUGUCGAGCGCAGUUCUUUGUUUCGAAGCUGCGGUACAACAAAACCCUGAAAGUGUCGAAGGAUGGCUUUUACUUGGUAGAACUCAGGCUGAAAAUGAACAAGACGAACAAGCCAUCGCUGCUUUGAAAAAAUGUCUAAAAUUAGACGCAGAAAAUUUGGAAGCUUUGAAAGAACUUGCUGUGUGUUAUACGAAUGAAAAUUAUCAGUACCAAGCUUGUUAUACGUUAAAGGAAUGGCUAGCUAACAACGAAAAAUAUAAAGAUAUUGCUGCUGAACACAUGGAAAAGUCUAAAGAUCCUGCUGCCGUUACAUCUAUUCUAUCGAUGAAAUUUUUCAACGAAGUUUUGAAUUUAUAUCUACAAGCUGUACAGCGAUUUCCGUCUCCUGAAGAUGCAGACGCCGAUGUGCAGAAUGGAUUAGGUGUGCUUUUGACGUUAAUCAGUGAUUACGAGAAAGCAACCGAUUGUUUCGAAACUGCGGUGAAAAUCAGACCAAACGAUUCGCGUUUAUGGAAUCGAUUGGGAGCUACAUUAGCUAAUGGACAUAAACCAGAACAGGCUCUGGAAGCGUACAGGAAAGCGUUAGCAUUAUCUCCUGGAUACAUCAGAGCGCGAUACAACUUGGGCAUUACUUGUGUACACUUGAAAAUGUACAAGCAAGCUACGGAACACUUGUUGAUCGCAUUAAACCAACAAAUCGCCGGUCGUGGAAUACACGGUGAAAAAUCGCGUAAAAUGUCCGAAUCAAUCUGGACAACGUUGCGAUUAGCGUUAUCGUUGUUGGAUCGUCGUGACUUACUACCCAUUGUCGAAAGAAGGAACCUGGACGAAUUAAACAGCGAAUUCAAUAUAAAACCAGGAGAUUUCAACGUCACCAGCGAAUAGCAAUACAAAUCUUGAAUGUAUAUUGGAACGAAAUGGUGUAUCAGUUUAAAUAUUGUGUACAAUGUCUCCCAUGAAAUCCACUCUAUACGUUCGAGUGUAGGUACUAAUAUCGCAAUUUAAAGCAUAACGAAGUGACCAUAUUCGCUAAAUUUGUUCAUUAAAGAAUUUGCCGUCGGUUUGUAAAAUUUUACGAUUUAAAUUGCGGAUUUUGUCGAUAAGUACCUCUUUUUUUUCUUUUUUUUUUUUCGUACUUACUUUUAUUAUUCGACUUGUGUAUUUUGGAACAUCAAAAUAGGUAUGGCAAAACGUGUUCGAAAUGAAGAGUUUUUACUUAUAUAAAACGAGUAUGUAUACCUUCGUGGACCAUAUUUUUUACGUUCGUGGAAGUGGGAUUUAUUCUUAAUCUUUUUCUUUUUCUUUUCGUCGUAAUUCGAACCAAUGAAAAUAUGUUUUUGUUGUUGAUGAUCAUUUGUUCAAAAUGGUUCGUUAUUGUCUUAUUAAUUGUUAUUCUUAAUUAUUACAAAUAACUCAAUAAAUGAAUUUUGUUUGCGAA